CGCGUGAUUCUAGGCUGAUGUAAGUCAUAGUCAUAAUCCUUACCUUGCAAGAUGGGAAACCGCCAAAGCGCCCCAAGGCUGUCUGGCAGCGCGGUGGCAAUCCUAGGCAUCGGCUCUCUGGACCUAGACUGGCAGCAGGACGCCAGCAACAGUUUCUUCACAAGCAUAUGCCGCACGAGGGCGUACGUUAGCGGACUGAUAGUGGAGAUGGAGGUGGAGGGCAGAAAACUCACUUUUCGCGUCGAUACCGGAUCCCUCUCAGUCUUCACCAGCACCGCCUCAGGGAAGACCUGCACUUCCUGGUCGCCCUACAGCCAUGAAGAACCCUUAUGGGAGCGGCUCGUUGGAGACAUUCCAGACGACAAGGGCAGCGCCAGCAACUCUCCUAUUCGCGAGGAGCUUAAGCUAAGCGGCCAGUGCUCCGUCACUUCCUCAAGCGGCUGGAUAGCGCUUUGUGAAGAGGUGGAGGUCAAGUUUGAUGUUGCCAUGGAGAUUGCUACGUAUCGAGGCAUGAGGCUCCGCCGCGAGUCGUGGUUUUCUCCGCGACGGGUCGCCUGCUGCUACGCCAAGAUCGAGGUCACCUCACGGCUCACCGCCGAACUGCGCUGGCGCCGAGGCAAGCCCCUGGUCGCUGCACCCGCGCUCAUGCUCACCCCCGCAUCCGCCGUUCAUGCCGUACCUGCAACCACCAAGCAGCAACAGCAGCUGCAGCAGUAUCGGCGCCAGCAGCCCCAGCUCUCCUCCCAGGCGGUAACGCCACUGGCGCAGAAAUUGAAGCAGCAGAAGAAGGAGCAGCAGCAGCAGUCCCCCUCGUUGCCACCACCGCAGCCGCAGUCCCCAUCCCAGCAGCAGCCGCAGCCCACCGUCAUGAUUGCACUGGAUUACAUCCCAGCCAACCGGCACUCCUCUUUCUCCAAGUACCUCAAGAAAACCGCCUACCCGCUCAAGCUCCUCUCGCCGCACCGCUCCCCUGCCACGUCCGUCGCCGCCACCGCUGCUGCUUACGUCAAGGAGCAGCCGCAGGAUCUGCCGCCGCUUCAGCCACUCGUGUACGGCAAGAACCCAACGAGCGCGCCCGACAAGAUCCUCCUGCUACAGCAGCAACAGCCGCCCUCGCCGAUUGCUGACCAGGCAGCAGUGAUUGACCAAGGGCCGCAAGGUGGCAAGGACGCGGUGCAGGGACAGGAG